AUGGCCGCGCUGCCGCGGGCGCGGCUCUUGCUCCUCUGCUGCUGCGUCGCCGCGGCGCUGCUCGCCGGCGUGGCAGCGGCCGGGGGGAAGCACGGGCACGGGAAACCGCGGCACACGCACACGAGGCGCCUGCGGCCGGGGAAGGACGGCGCGGCGGCUGCGGCGGCCGCGAAGCCGUAUCCGGUGAACGCGACGCGGGUGGAGGCGAUCGAGCGGCAGUUCACGCGGUGGGUGCGAUUCAUGGGCGCGCCGGGGCACAGCAGCUACAGCCGGGCGCUCAACCGCGCGCUCCUUCCCACGCGCACGCUCGUGGUGGACCGGACCCCGGGCGCCGGCGACUUCACGUCCAUCCAGGCCGCCGUCGACUCGCUCCCGCUCAUCAACCUCGCCCGCGUCGUCAUCAAGGUCAAUGCCGGCACCUACACGGAGAAGGUGAACAUAUCGCCGAUGCGCGCGUUCAUCACCGUGGAGGGCGCCGGCGCUGACAGGACGGUGGUGCAGUGGGGCGACACGGCGGAGACGGUCGGGUCCCUCGGCAGGCCCAUGGGCACGUUCGGCUCCGCCACGUUCGCCGUGAACUCGAUGUUCUUCGUCGCCAAGAACAUCACCUUCAAGAACACGGCCCCCGUGCCGAGGCCCGGCGCGCUGGGCAAGCAGGGCGUGGCGCUGCGAAUCUCGGCGGACAACGCGGCGUUCGUGGGGUGCAACUUCCUGGGCGCGCAGGACACGCUGUACGACCACCUGGGCCGGCACUACUACAGGGACUGCUACAUCGAGGGCUCCGUCGACUUCAUCUUCGGCAACGCCCUCUCCCUCUACGAGGGUUGCCAUGUGCACGCGAUCGCGCGGAACUACGGCGCGCUGACGGCGCAGAGCCGGCAGAGCCUGCUGGAGGACACCGGGUUCUCGUUCGUCAACUGCCGGGUGACGGGGUCCGGCGCGCUCUACCUGGGCCGCGCCUGGGGCACCUUCUCCCGGGUCGUCUUCGCCUACACCUACAUGGACAACAUCAUCAUCCCGCGCGGGUGGUACAACUGGGGCGACCCAACCCGGGAGAUGACGGUGUUCUACGGGCAGUACAAGUGCACGGGGCCGGGCGCCAACUACGCCGGCCGGGUGCAGUGGUCGCGGGAGCUCACCGACGAGGAGGCCAAGCCGUUCAUCUCGCUCGACUUCAUCGACGGGCUCGAGUGGCUCCGGUUGUAGCAGCACGGGAGCUAGGGGGCUCAUUGACACGCCAUGACUUGGAUUGUUGUGAUUUGUGAAGAGAGAGAAAACAUAACGCAAAUACUAAUCCCACACUGUUGCAAUUGCACG